AUGAUGGACGAGGCGGGCCGAGGAAGCACGCGGCCGACCGCGCUCUUAGGCAACAAGAGACCGAAGGCGUCUUCUCCGUCGCCCUUGGGCGACGGCCCGGCUAUCUCGGCGGUCAUGUUCACCGCGGGCGUGCUCGGCAACCUGACGGCGCUGGUGCUGCUGCUCCUGGCGCGACGCCGUCGGCUGGCGCGGCGGGAGCGCCUGGCGCCUUUCCACGUGCUGCUGAUGGCGCUGGUGCUGACCGACCUGCUGGGCACUUGCCUGCUCAGCCCGGUGGUGCUGGCGGCCUACGGGCGACACCAGACGCUGAACGCCCUGGACAGGCGCGUCUGCGACUACUUCGCCUUCUCCAUGAGUUUCUUCAGCCUGGCCACCAUGAGCUGCCUGGGCGCCAUGGCGCUGGAGCGCAGCCUGGCCAUGGCCGCGCCGUACCUAUACGAGCGGCUGCUGAGCGGGCGGCCUUUGGCGCUGCUGCUGGGAGCCCUGCCCGCCCUCUACGGCCUGGUCGCCGCCUUCUGCGCCCUGCCGCUGAUGGGCUUCGGUAGCUACAUGGAAUACUGGCCGGGCACGUGGUGUUUCAUCGAGAUGCGCCCGGGUGGCAGAGCCGACGCCUUCGCGCUGCUCUACGCUUCGGUGCUGUUGCUGCUCAUCCUGGCCGUCCUGCUGGGCAACCUGGUGGUCAUGGUCAGCCUCUGCCGCAUGCACCUGAGGCGCGCGCCCACCUGCCUGCCCACCUCUUGCCGUUGCCCAGCGCUGGGAGCUCCGCUGCGCGCGGGCCGCCAGCCGGAAUCUGGCGGGGAGUGCGCGCAGGGCGCCCGAAGACCCUUCUCCAUGUCCGAGGAGCUGGAUCACCUCAUCCUGCUGUUCAUCAUGACCAUCAUCUUCGCCGUCUGCUCUCUGCCUUUUACG